AUGUCUACCCAAAGACUAUCUGUGCUUUCUCCCCUCCUGUUCUUCUGCUUCUUCAGAGAGAGUUUCUCCAUUUGUGACGGAACCACCUGGACAAAGGUCGGAUGGGAGAUUUUCCCAGAAGAAGUUCACUACCUGAAAGUUAAGGUUCCCCCAUCCCACUGCCUACCUUAUCCUCUGGACAAACUCUGCUGCAACUUUGCUAACAUGGACCUAUUACAGAGUUCCUUACACCUCACUUAUAUCUUAGUACAAGCUCUCUUCUUAAUCCUGUUUGCUUUAUCUGUGCAUUACCUAUGGAUGAAAUGGACAAGACACCAAAAAAAGCUGAAAAAGCAAGCCUCUUUAGAGAAACAUGCUAACGACCGUGACCUGAGCCCAUCCAUCUAUGACAUUGAACAAAUACUCUGCAGACUACUGGCCACAACAUCAAUGAUGACCAAGUUCCUGAAGCAGGUGUCUCACCAUUCUUCUGUUAAAAAAGUUAAGCAACAACGUAAAUUAAGGAGGAAGAAGAGUAAAGGAGUAGAGGAGCAAAAGAACACUACUAACCCUAAGCACAUGCAUAUGUAG